AAUUAGCCUUCGUCCCUUGAUUGAAGUAUUAAAUAUUCCUAUAUAAAUAUAAAUUGGGGGUCUUGAAAUUCAAAGCCAUAUCUGUGAUUCAUCAAAUUUGUGUUUCCCCGACCCCGAUUGCAAGCAAUGGACGCCUUCAAUUCCUUCUUCGAUUCAAGAAACCGAUGGAAUUACGAUACUCUCAAAAACUUCCGUCAGAUUUCUCCGGUCGUGCAGAAUCACCUGAAGCAGGUUUAUUUUACUCUGUGUUUUGCCGUGGUUGCUGCGGCUGUCGGGGCUUACCUUCAUGUCCUCUUGAACAUUGGGGGUUUUCUUACUACAGUGGCAUGCAUGGGAAGCAGCUUUUGGUUACUCUCCACACCUCCUUUUGAAGAGAGGAAGAGGGUGACUUUGUUGAUGGCCGCAUCACUGUUUCAGGGUUCCUCUAUUGGACCCUUGAUUGAUUUGGCUAUUCAUAUCGAUCCAAGCCUUAUCUUUAGUGCAUUUGUGGGAACAGCUUUGGCCUUUGCAUGCUUCUCAGGAGCAGCUUUGGUUGCAAGGCGUAGGGAGUACCUGUACCUUGGUGGCUUGGUUUCUUCUGGAUUGUCCAUCCUUCUCUGGUUGCACUUUGCUUCUUCCAUCUUUGGAGGCUCAACAGCUCUCUUUAAGUUUGAGUUGUACUUUGGGCUAUUGGUGUUUGUAGGUUACAUUGUAGUAGACACCCAAGAAAUAGUUGAGAGGGCACACUUGGGCGAUCUGGACUAUGUAAAGCAUGCCUUGACCUUGUUUACCGAUUUGGUCGCAGUUUUUGUCCGGAUUCUUGUUAUUAUGUUGAAGAAUUCGACUGAGAGGAAUGAGAAGAAAAAGAAGAGAAGAGAUUGAUUUUCUUACCAAUCUGCUCGAUUAACACUUCACCUCGCUUGGUCUGUAAUACAUAAAAACAGCCGUCUAUACAGUGUUUUCCACUUUUUAAGCUUGCUCCUCCUACUGUGCAGUUAAGUCGUUUGUUUACCAAUAGUACAUGUUGACAUGUUUUGAGCUCUCUAAUAAGAGAAAUGUUUACAUUACAUUUGUUUUAAAGAUGAAAAGGGGAGUGGGGAAGAAGUCGAUGGUGAAGGUCCCUAAUAAAUUCUUACUCCCAAGACUCAGAAUUUUUCUUGGGGAGGAAGUGGAAUUCAGGGAAACACUUUUUUUUCACACAUUAUUGAGUAUAUUUUAUACUAGACUCGCCAAAUCACGAAUUUCAUUAUCUAUUUAGCUUC